AUGGUGGAGGUUCCUGGCUCUGUGGGGACAAGUGCAAGCAUCUCCUUGAGAUUAGGGCAGACACUGUUUGCAUUUGGGGCUCUUCUCUUCAUGACCAUCGGUGUUCGCUUCUACCAAUUCACUGCUUUCUGCUACUUGGUGACGAUCAUGUCUUUAGCUAUACCGUGGAAUCUGACAUUAGCAAUGGUAGAUAUCUAUUGCGUUCUUCUCAAGCAGCCAAUUCAAAAGCCACGAAUCCUUCUCGCUAUCUCUAUUGGUGAUUGGGUGUUGUCGGUUCUAGCGUUGGCCUCAGCUUCAUCAGCAGCUGGUGUUGUGAGCCCUAUUAAUAGUCUUUAUAAACAAACCUGCAGCUACUUGGUGACGAUCAUGUCUUUAGCUAUACCGUGGAAUCUGACAUUAGCAAUGGUAGAUAUCUAUUGCGUUCUUCUCAAGCAGCCAAUUCAAAAGCCACGAAUCCUUCUCGCUAUCUCUAUUGGUGAUUGGGUGUUGUCGGUUCUAGCGUUGGCCUCAGCUUCAUCAGCAGCUGGUGUUGUAGAUCUUUUGCGAUCAGACGAAUCCUCAUGUCCACCAACGAUCUGUAACAGAUAUCAAUUUGCAGCAACAUUAGCUUUCUUGACUUGGUUCUUGUCUCUUUCUUCUUCUCUCUUCAAUCUCUGGUUACUUCCGUCUCUCACAUAA